UUCUCUUCUAGUUGUAAUGGCCUCAUCCAGUGAUCAGUUUGAGCGCGUGAAAGCUGUUAUCUUGUCCUGUCAUGAGGACACAUCUGCAGAGGAAAAGAUUAACUUUUAUGACACUUGGGCGGAGAACUACGACCAGGAUGUUUCAGUGUUGGAGUACUAUGCACCAGUUUUUGCUGCCAAAACUGUCUCCUCUCAUUUCACUGGGGCCCGAGACACAGCUGUGGUGUUAGACGUGGCUUGUGGCACAGGACUGGUGGCCAAACAGCUGCAGAAUCUUGGAUUUCGUAAUUUUGUGGGCAUCGACGGCAGUAGGGCCAUGCUGGAAAUGGCUAAGAACAUCAUGUUGUACCAGGACUUGAAACUGUGCAUGUUGGGAAGUCAACCUUUACCUUUUGAGCAAGGUGUAUUUGAUGUUGUUAUGAUUGUUGGAGCACUCAGUAAUGGGAAUGUUCCUGUUAAAGUGGUCAGAGAGUUGUGCAUGGUGACCAAACCAGGAGGCUACACCUGUUUGACAACAAGAAGCAAUAAGGACAAUCUUAUGUACAAGACCAGUUUAGAGCAGGAGCUGGGGACUCUCGAGAAGCAAGGCUUGUGGAGGAGUGUCCAAGAGGUUUUCAUCGACCAAUGGGAGCGUGGAAUCACUCAUCAUGAGCAAGGCUACAUUCCUGGAGCUGUCUAUCUCUAUCAGAAAUUGUGAAGAACAACUUAGAAUAAUGUUCCUCGUUGUGGAAGAGACAUCACUUUCAGGAUGCAGGUUAGAGUUGUGGGUUGCUAUGUCCACUGGAUGGCAGCAUAAUAUCUGCAUGUCUUACACAGCAAACAUCAUAAAAUCCAGUGGCCCAGAAUUCAGCUGCCCAUAACAUCAUCAGAACUCCCUCCUCUGAUUAUAUCACCUUUUUUUUUUUUUUUUUUUUAACAAAAUCAGACUGCAAUUCAAAGUUCUCCUCUACAAUUUCAAGGCCAUUCACAAUCUUGUCCUCCUGUCCAAUCUGCUCCACAUGCUCCACAUCUCCACCUCCUCCUUUUCUCUCCAGCUCUCUGUUCCCCCUACCCACCUUGUCAGCAUGGGAGGCAGAACAGCUGCUCCUUAGCUCUGGA